GUUCUCCAUCGUCGCCACCAGUCCACCACCACCACCGCCGCUUCUACCGCCGUAUCGUUAUACCGCCGCUCUGUCCCCUGUUCGCCGUACUGUGCAAACCCUAGAUCCAGCUUCCACUAACACUCUCUCCAGAUCUCUCUGUUGUCUUUCAGGUAAUUUACUCUCUCCGAUCCCUCCGAAAUUUCCGAUUUUCCUUUCACGUACUUUAUUGCUGGAUUCUGAUUCUGAUGCAAUGUUUUCUUACUGCAGAGUUCGUAAAGAUGGUGUCAGACGCGAGCAAGAAGAAGGCGGCGCAGAAGAAGGCCGCGGCCGCGGCCAAGAGAGGCGGAAAGGUAGCUGCCGCCGCCGCAUCCUCGAAGGCCGCUGUUUCCUCGCAGAACGGGAACGCCGUCGACAAGUUGUCUAACGGAAUUGGAACGAUGGAGAUUUCCGAUCGUAAUUGUACCGGCGUCCUCUGUUCCCAUCCUCUAUCCAGGGAUAUUCGGAUCGAGUCUUUGUCAGUGACGUUUCAUGGACAUGAUCUCAUUGUAGAUUCCAUGCUGGAGCUCAAUUACGGCAGGCGUUAUGGUUUGCUCGGAUUAAAUGGAUGCGGGAAAUCGACGCUGCUUACUGCAUUAGGCCGCCGAGAGCUUCCAAUUCCUGAACACAUGGAUAUAUAUCACCUUACUAGAGAGAUUGAAGCAUCUGACAUGUCUUCACUUCAGGCUAUUAUCAGUUGUGAUGAAGAGAGGAUCAAACUGGAGAAAGAAGCUGAGGUGUUGGCAAGUCAGGAUGAUGGUGGUGGCGAAACACUUGAGCGAAUUUAUGAGCGUUUGGAUGCUCUGGAUGCAGCUACAGCUGAGAAGCGUGCUGCUGAAAUAUUGUUUGGUCUUGGUUUUGAUAAGCAAAUGCAGGCAAAGAAGACCAGAGAUUUCUCUGGUGGCUGGAGAAUGAGGAUUGCGCUGGCUAGAGCUCUGUUCAUGAACCCCACUAUUCUCUUACUAGAUGAGCCUACUAAUCAUCUUGAUUUAGAAGCUUGUGUUUGGUUGGAGGAAAUGUUGAAGAAAUUCACUAGAAUCUUAGUGGUGAUUUCCCACUCUCAGGAUUUCUUGAAUGGUGUCUGCACAAACAUAAUACACAUGCAGAACAAGAGUUUGAAGAUUUACUCUGGCAACUACGAUCAGUAUGUCCAAACUCGUUCUGAGCUGGAAGAGAAUCAGAUGAAGCAGUACAAAUGGGAGCAAGAGCAGAUUGCUAAUAUGAAGGAGUACAUUGCUCGAUUCGGUCAUGGAUCGGCCAAGUUGGCUCGGCAGGCACAGAGCAAAGAAAAGACCCUUGCUAAGAUGGAGCGGGGCGGGCUCACUGAAAAAGUGGUCAGAGACAAAGUCCUCAUAUUUCGCUUUGUCGAUGUGGGCAAGCUCCCGCCGCCCGUACUCCAGUUUGUCGAGGUGUCAUUUGGCUACACGCCUGAAAAUCUCAUUUACAAGAAUAUAGACUUUGGUGUCGACCUGGACUCUAGAGUCGCAUUGGUGGGUCCCAAUGGCGCUGGCAAGAGUACAUUGUUGAAGCUCAUGACCGGAGACUUGCACCCUACUGAUGGCAUGGUUCGUAGGCACAACCACCUGAGGAUAGCUCAGUUCCAUCAGCACUUGGCUGAGAAACUCAACCUGGACAUGUCCGCACUCCAGUACAUGAUGAGAGAGUAUCCAGGGAACGAGGAGGAGAAAAUGAGGGCCGCAAUUGGGAAAUUCGGGCUGACCGGAAAGGCCCAAGUCAUGCCGAUGAAUCACCUGUCUGAUGGACAAAAGGCAAGGGUGAUUUUUGCUUGGCUGGCUUACAGGCAGCCGCACAUGCUGCUUCUGGACGAGCCGACGAAUCACUUGGAUAUCGAAACCAUAGACUCUCUGGCCGAGGCAUUGAGCGAGUGGGACGGUGGUUUGGUUCUUGUUAGCCACGAUUUCAGGCUCAUAAACCAGGUGGCCCAGGAGAUAUGGGUGUGCGAGAAUCAGGCUGUUACACGGUGGGAGGGUGACAUCAUGGGCUUCAAGGAGCACCUCCGAAGGAAGGCUGGCCUAUCUGACUAAACUAAUGUCAGAUUGGGCGGGAUGGAUCGAUCGGUGCAGCAUUCCUUAUCAAAGUGUAGUCUGCAGCAGCUGCUACUGUUGUGUGUACCAAUGCACGGCUAUCGCUGCAUAUUGCACAGCGUAGAUACGAGGAGGAGGAAUGGUUGUCGAUCGAUGGAUGGAUGGUUAGUGAUCCCUUUUCGCAUACAAGCUCAUCUGGUGCAGAUUAUGAUAGACAAUCUAGUGAUCAGUGAGAGCGCGGAGAGGGAGUGUCGUGACAGCAAGCUGGAGAGGUGCCCUGAAUUCAUUGUUGUGAGCCAAUGUGGGGGUUGCGCCGGAAUGUCCAUUGCUGCUCUCUCACUGGCCACUGCUCUAUAAGGUUGGUGUUAGAUUAUCAGUAUUGUUUUUGCUUCAAUCUAUUAUUAAGAUAUAUAUUUUUUCGAGUACUUGUGGUGCGAGUAGUAUAUACUUGAGGACUGCAUCUGUUAUGGGUUUGAGAACUGUCUUUUUUCGGAUUAUUUUAGGUUAUAUUAUGACUAUAUGGAUUGUAAACAAUGAAUGCUUGAGAGAGGCACCACUCCAGUGGGUUGAUCUCAUAUGUUAAAGAUGAAAGGAGUAUGUUUGUUAACGAUUUUUAUUCUUCUUGUUUGCCUGCCAAAGCCGGAAGCCAUCUGGUGCAGUGGUUCUGCUGCUUGUUGAAUGCAUGCUACAAGCAGGCAUGGUUUGGUAAGAGUAAGAUGCAAAGCAGCACACGCUUCUACGCUUGUGCGGUGUUGGCUCUUUGGCGAGUUUCGCGACCUUGUAACUGCAUGGCCGUCUAUGGUUCUGUAUUCGGUGAUUUCAUCUGGUUUUACUCUGAAGCAGUCAUUGAACAUGACAAUGUGUGGAAGCAGCCCCCGAACAAUUUAGCUGUUGAUGCUGGGAUCGUAAUCUCAGUCAGCAAUAAUGACUCUGGCCAAAUUUGUCCAUUUUGGUCAGCCAAGACGGUUGGAUGAAACAAAAAAAAAGUGAGGAAGAGGGCACCAAAUUAGGAGUCAAUUUGUGGUUGCCAACGGGUCCAACCAUAAGUUUAACUAUAUAAAUAAAUAAAUAGAUUGGAUGUCAAGCCUAGAUUUUUAUUCCCCUCUUGUUAUCUACCGGGAAACAGAAAGCAAAAUAAAUAAAUAAAUAAAUAAAUGGUGGAAAAAAGGAAUAGGUAGACAGUGAGACAGGCCAAACUAACAAUCAACACUUUUUUUAUAGGAAAUUUGGACUAAAAAGAAUACACAAUGAAAGUGAAAAGGGUUGGAGGUGGGGUUCCUCAAAAUAGAAUAGGGAAGAGAAGCCAAGCGACAAUAUUAUGAGCAAUCCGCUAAACUAUAAAAGCAAGCCUGAAGAACAAGACUGGAAUGUAAGUAGGAGUUUUCAAUUCAUUAUGCACUGCUGGGCUCCUUUUCUUUUUUCACCUGCCCCUGUCCCAACAAUGAAAAGUGGCCUACAAAUAUAUUUGAGUUUGACACCACAAUAUUUCUCACUCCCCCCACCUAUUAAAUGGGAUCCAUAAUCAGUACUUAUUUGGAUUGGAGAAUUUUUAAAGGACCAUUUUGUCAUUUUACCAGUAAGGGAAACCUGAAAAUCGAUAUUGUUCUUGAGUUUCAUAGUCUACUAAAAUAUUGAUUUCAGCAAAUCAAGUGAUAACUAGACAAAAAAAAAAGGAUCUAUAACCAGACUUUGAUCCAACAGUUGGAUGGCAUCGAAGCGGAUCGGGGGCGGGUAGCCACUAUCCGAUGCCCGCCCGCUAAAAUAGGCGGGUUUACCCGUGCCCGUCCCCGCCAGUGUAACGAGUCAGAGUUGGAUACCGUCCCCGUCAUUGGGUGGUUUUCCGGAUGCCCGCGGAUUGUUAAUACCCGAUACACAAUGCUAAAAAACAGAAUUUCUGAUA